AUGGGAUUUGCCUUCAACAGCAAAGACACCAGCACUCCCCGCGAGGUCUUCAACUGGAAGCUCUUCUGGGUGAUAUUCGUCGCCAUGGGCGGCUCCGUGAUAUUCGGCUACGACCUUGCUUUCAUCGGCGGUGUCUUCUCGCUCCCUUCGUUCAUUGAACGGUUUGAGCUGGCGGAUAAAGACACGAGCGCCAUACAGGCUCAUAUGGUGAACACUUUCCAAGGCGGUGCCUUCUUCGGCGUGAUGUUAUUCUACUAUUUCAACGAGCGGUUCGGGCGCCGCGUUGCGCUGAUGGCUGCUGGCGUGGUUUUCAAUCUCGGCGUGGUCAUGCAGGUUGCUUGUCGGGGCAAUAUACCAGCUUUCUAUGUGGGCAGACUGGUUAGUGGGUUGGGCAUUGGGGGAACGACGUUUGUCAUCCCGCAGUAUCUUUCUGAGUGCGCGCCUGCUGCGGCCAGGGGUGGGAUCGUUGGCUGUUUCGAGAUUGGGGUUCAAGUCGGGACGAUUGUGGGGUUUUGGAUCAAUUAUGGUGUUGAGAAGGGGGUGGACUCAACAAUUGACCGCCAGUGGUUCAUCCCAAUAACCUUCCAAUUUAUCCCGGCGACUCUCAUGAUCCUCGGUCUCUGUUUUCUAUGCGAGUCACCACGAUGGUACUACACGCGCGGCCGGCAAUUAGAAGCCCAAAACGCUCUAACAUGGCUCCGACGCCUCCCAGUCUCUCACCCCUACGUCGCCAGCGAAUUAGCAGACUACGAGCGGCAAAUGGAGCACGAGCUCUCAAUCACCUCAGCUUCAGGAUUCCGCGCCGUUUUGACAGAAACGUUCAACCGAAGAAUCAUCCCGCGGCUCGUACACGGCUGUCUGCUGAUGAUCUUUCAGAACAGCACAGGAAUCAACGCGAUGAAUAACUUCUCCGUGACGUUCUUCCAGGUCAUCGGAUACAAGGGCUCCUCGGCGAAGCUCUUCUCCACGGGAAUCUACGGCAUCGUCAAGGGCGUCAUGGCUACAAUAACCUUCCUUCUCUUGGUCGACCGGUUCGGCCGAAGACCGCUUCUAUUCGUUGGAUCAGUAAUGUGCGCGUUUUCCAUGUUCUAUGUCGCGGCGUACUCUUCCAUCACGGACUCCUUCCAUACAGCCCAGGACCAGAACGCUGCCAGCAACUCCGCUGCGGCGUUUAUCUAUAUUUUUGGCGCGGGAUAUGCCGUCGGCUGGAACCUCCCCUGGAUCAUCGCAGCCGAGAUCUACCCGACCAGGGUCCGCUCCUUCUGCAUGGUAAUGACAACGUGCGCGCACUGGGUCGGCGAAUUCUAUACGACAUAUGCCGUGACUUACAUGUUUGAUGCAAUAACGUACGGGACGUUCCUGUUCUUUGGGUCUAUGACGGUGCUGGGCGCGGGAUAUGUGUAUCUUUUUGUGCCGGAGACGAAUGGUGUUCCAUUGGAGGAUAUGGAUAGGUUGUUUGAAGGACGAGGCUUUGCGCUGGCGAAGAUGAGGGCGUAUGAAGAGGCUAGAGGUACUGAAGGGUUAGAGCCAAAGACGGACCCUGAGGUGGUAUCUUUGGCUUAG